GCUUUAAACCGCGCUCGCCGUUCCGUGGCGUUGGAACGGUUUUCCGCGACAUCGCUGCAAUUCCUGGCUUUGCGGGAGACGGCUUCGCUUCUUACCGAAUUCGGGAUGAUGGAUGGAUCCCGCAGGGUUUUUUUGGAGGGAGGGAGGGAGCGAUGCUGGAAGCGCGUGUCUUUGGGCGUUUGAUUCCACCGCCUUUAAAUCGACGCGAUCGUCCGAGGAUCGUCAGGAUCCAGACGCGCGGAGCGUUCCGAGAUAACGCACGAAACGGCCUUGAGUGAACGGACGGGGGGGAACGGCGAUCACGACGAACCUCGACUCAAUCAUGAAGGACGGAAUGGCCAACAACAGCACCGCCAGCAUCUCUCAGGCCCGGAAAGCCGUGGAGCAGCUGAAGAUGGAGGCCUGCAUGGACAGGAUAAAGGUGUCCAAGGCGGCGGCGGACCUGAUGGCGUACUGCGACGCUCAUAUACGAGAGGACCCGCUCAUCGUGCCCGUCCCGGCGUCAGAAAACCCGUUCCGGGAGAAGAAGUUCUUCUGCACCAUCCUCUGAGGCCGGGCCGGGCCGCUGGUUCUGCCGCGAGGUUUCCACGUCCCUGGCUGCCGCCGCUGAGCUGUGUUUGAUCGGCGGCGGCCCCGUCCCUCCUGGACGCCCGUGGGGUGGGGUGGGGGGUUUGGGGGUUUGGGGAGGGGGUCGAAUAACUGGCAACCCGGUCAGAGCGUCUCGUGUCUCGUUAAAUAGGUUCGUUAUUGCUUCGUAAUUAGAGAACAGCCUUUCUCACUGCGUAUGGGAUGAGAGAUUUUUUUUGUGUUUUCGUGCCACAGAAGCUGUUUGAUAUGCAUUGCCGGUCAAAUGUUUGGACGCACUUGAGCCGGUCUUCAGAAAAAAAACCAGCUCAUGCAUCAAUAACAAACAACAACUCAGUGUAACAGUCAUUCCUGUGCACCCCUGCAUUCAUUAGAUCGACGGAAAUACAUGUCAGGUCACGCAGUUUUUUCCCGCUACUGCUAAUAUGUAUUAGUAUUUAUUAAAAAUAAUAAUAAUAACUCUCUGCAGCUCAAUGAAUCAAUUUAGUUUUGGUGAGGUUGCAUGCAAAACUGGAAUUUAAUUAAGUUCAAAAGUGCAUUUGAUUGAUUGCAUGUCCCAAGCGAUCUCUACACUACUCCCAUUUGUUUUAUUUCACAGGUCAUUAUGAAUAUCGCUCAAUAACUCGUGCACCGUUUUUAGGUUUCGAGCGAAAUGCCUCGUUUGGCUCGUCGCUCGCGUGCAUGAAUUGCCUCUUAAAAAUGCGUUCAGACGGAGUCGGCUGAUUUAAAUGAUAUUUCACAGCACUUCUGGUGAAAACGAGCCGGUGUGUCCGAACCUUUGACCUCUGCUGCGUCUGUAAUGCGUUUCCGUUUACGCCAUUUCCCGCCUCUCCCCGUUUCCCGGCGAUGUUUUGAAUCGAAUCCCGUCCGGUUUCCGACUGGCCUUGUGAUAAACAGAAGCGCGCGCCGCCGACAAGGCCCCCCUCGAGAGCAGCUCUCAGAGAUACCGAAUCCGAAUCGGUUGGGUUCGAGCUCGGGCUUUCGAGGCGUUUCGUUUCGCUUUACAAACGCCCGUAUAAAACCGAGCGGGCCGGGAGUUAAUUUCCUCUUUAUCACAAGGUUAUUCGGAUAUUCCACCUUCGCGCGGAAGCCGAAGCGCGUCGUUUUAGGGAAGUCGACCUGCAGAUGAACGCAAAUGCGCAUUAAAUGGGGACGUAGAUGAGCUUGCUUCUUCGUCCGGUUUUGGAGAGCGCGGCGUUGAGUCGGCGGAUGGGUGCCGUCAGAGGAGACAAAAACCCAGCCACGGGUUUGUUCGGAGCAGUCUUUGCGGCGCUUGAUCUUAUCGUGACGGUCGUUUCGGGCUCUCGUUCCGACGGCACCCAUUCACACCCAUUACUGACGCAUUUCUCCGGAUCCGACGAAGACACAAAACCCCAACUUUUCCUCGAACGACACGCAUCACCUUUAAAUUUCCGUCCCAAAUCACCUUUUUUUAAUCGCUCGGUAACGCCUUCCCACUCAAAAAGGCGUAUUCUUUCCUCGAACCACUGAUUUCUGACGGUUCCCCCGCAUUUUCCGAACGGCCUUUCUAACGCCGGCAUGUCUCACGCUAGUUUUUCUGACUCGUUUUGCCUGUCCUGAUUUCAACAGCAAGGCCUUUGACUGAAAUGCCAAACGGAGAGCCUGCAUGUGUGUGUAUCUUACCUGCUGCGUGCGUGUGUGUGUGUGUGUGUGUGUGUGUGUAUAGAGAGAUGGUUUCUGAGUGCCAAGUACUGUGACUAUGGCGUGUCCUCUACACUGUUAUUUCACAGGCUUUUUCCUAUUCAAAACAAACAAAAAAAAAGCACAAUGUCAAACGUUUUUCUUUAUAUCACUGUAAUUUUAGUCUAGCCUUUGCUAAUUUAUAUGAAACCAAGUGUUAUUAUAUCUAAUGCGCAGCACCUGAUUGAGGUGUCUCUUGUGUAAUCUGUAUUAAAGCCCCUUUAAAGCGUGCCACGGUGGACGGAGGGUCUUUUUGACGCCCAAACUCAUCUAAUAGCCGAAGGUCCACCUCGGAGAAGUGCACAGAUGUACAUUUUAAAAUGCUAACGUUGCAUGAGAUCGCCUUUAAAGUCAGAGAAAACAAAGAGUGUGUGUACGGUGGGUGUUUAAACUGAUAUCGUGUUCUAAAACGCUUAAUAUUUACUUUUAUAAUAGCGCUAAUGCUCCGUGUGUGUUCAGUGAGAAUGAGGGUUUGUUGGUUUUCCAAGCGAAUGGAGUCCAGCUUAUUUCUACACAGUCAAACCCCCAAAAUGUAAAUGAACUUUUAAAUACUGUUACAACGAUGAUGAUUAUGAAAACAUAACUUGCAUGGACUGAUUACCCUAUUUAAAUAUUAGAACUUUGAGAUACCUUGUAAUUGAAUCGAUGCCUAAAUGUAUGGAUUUGUUGGUGCUUUUCUGCACUUUUCUCUUUUAGAAGUCUGAAUGUUUAGAUCUGUGCAGUUGUACAAAUUAAUAAACAUUUUAAAACCGUCUGCA